AUGCGGUCAUUACAUUUAGACAACUUUAAAAUUAUAAAAACCAUAUUACUAAGAAAGCACCUGAUUGUUUUCGUUAUAAUAAAUAUACUUAUACUUUUUAAAUUAAAUGUAAACACAACAUAUGAAUUCUCCUCUUUAAAAAGAAUUUUUUUAGAUAAUCAUAAAAUAAAUAAUAAUAAUAGUAAUAAUAAUAAUAAUAAUAAUAAUAAUAAUAAUAAUAAUAUUAAUAAUGACAUAUGGCAUACCAUUUAUAAAAUACAAAAAGAAAAACAAAAUGGAUAUAGUGAAAAAAAAAAUAAUAACAUAUAUACAAAUAUUAUGAACGAUAAAGAUGGAAAGAUAUAUUUGAAUACAAAAUCUAUAAUAAAUAAUUAUAAAGAAUAUAUAAAAAAUACUUAUAUAUAUUAUAAUACAUUUUUUAAAUAUGUCAAAUAUUUUAUUACGAAAAUAAAAAAUUAUAACGUCAUAUAUGAACCAUAUAUUAUUUUGGAACAAAAAUCAAAAACACAUAUAUCCAUAAAUAAUAAAAAACUCGUAAUUCAAUUUUUACCACCAAUAAACAAAGGAACACAUAUUCUACACAAUAAAACUAACGAUUCUAUAGGCAAUGUACUAAACGAUUUUCAUAAUAAAUUAGUAAAGAGAAGAGUUUUAUUAGCCCUCAUGAAACGUAAAAAAAAAGACAAGCGAAAAUCAAAGCUAGCUAAAAAGAAAAAAUUAAAGGAUAAAAAAAAAAAAAAAAAAAAAAAAAGCAAAAAGGACAAACAGAAAAAAAAAAAAAAGAAAAAAAAAAAAAAAAAAAAGAAUAAAAAUAUAAAGAAAAAUAAAAAAAAUAAAUUGAGAAAAAAUAAAAAAGAUAAAUAUGAAGACGACGAAUAUGACGAUCAAGUAGAUGUAAUGUAUGAUGAGAAUAAUGAAAGAAAAAGAAAAAGAAAUAAACGAAGAGGAAAAAAAAAUAAAUAUAAUACAAAAAAUGAUAAAUUAAUAAUGGAAGAGGAUUCAUUACAUGAACAUGAUGAUUAUGAUGAAAAUAUGAACUAUCAUAUAAAUGAAGAUGAAGAAGAAAGAAGAAAUUAUGAUCAUGAUAAUCAUUAUGACGAUGAUGAUGAUAUAAAUUAUAAAGAUCACUAUUAUAAAAAGAAUAAAAAAAACAAACAGAAAAAAAAAAAAAAUAAUAAAAGAAGAAGAAAAAGAAGAAAAAAAGGUAAUAAUAAUAAUUAUGACGAACAUGAAGAUUAUGAUGAUGAUCAUAAAAAUCAUGAUACACAUCAUGAUGACGAAGCAGAAGAAUUAGAAGAAAAAAAACAUGAACUUGAAGAAAUUAAUGAUAUUGUUAAUGAACUCACAUCCAAAAAACGAUUACUAAAAAAUGCUGAGCAUCAUAUGUUAAAACUUUUAAAGGAUAUACAUUCUUUAGAAACAAAAAGAUAA